UAUUUUUCAAGUACUUUUCGAACUGCCAAGUGUUUUUCUGAAUAAAAUAGUUUAUACUUUCUAAUUUUCAUAUUAGUGUCAUAAAAAGUGUCACAAAUUCAUUAUCGUUUGUUCUACAAAAUUUCACUUGUAAUUCUCUGCUAUUGACCUAAGUGAUAAUUGGACAACCUUCAAGUGAUUUAUUUUUCCUAAAACAUCAAAGUGCAUAUUAGAAAACCCUCACACUUCGUGAUCAUAAUACAUUUAAUUCAAAACAGAUGAAUUGUGAAAAUGGAUAGAUUGAACCAGUUAAAAGGUGAAUCGGGAGGUUCUGGAGACUUGACGCUGGAUACGUCUUCUCCGCCGAGUGAGUCCUUUAUGACUGCAAAUGAAAGUUCAAGCAAGUAUUUUUCUCUGUCAGAGGUAGAUUCAACCUUUGAUGUCUCGCCCUCAAAAGAUUCCGCAAUAUCGACCACAGCAAAUUCAGAACAAACCCUUACAGAUUCUGAAUUAAUUCCGAACUUGUCACCUAUUCCCAAAAAAGUGGAUAGCUUUCAGAUUGGGAAACAAAUAGAAGCCGCAAAUAUUCUCUCUGGGGGUGUGAAUAUUUUUGAUGACAAUGACAAUUCUUAUGAUGGCAAUGAGCUGGUAAUUGAUGACAAUGUGCCUGUCGAGGAAUCAUGUAAAACCGAUGAAGACCAUACUUUUGAGAAAAGCAUAGAUUCUGUUGAAAAUACUACUAACGUUGCUGAAGCUAUACCGAGUAUAGACACAGAAGUGGUUCUUCAGAUUGAUGGUAAAAAUGUUAACGCUAUUGCUAUUGGCAAUGGGUUAUAUUUGUACAGAAAAGGAGUAGAGGAACUGGCCGCCAUCCAGAUGAUUGAUGACAAUCAACAGCAACCAAGUUUUAAGUUUCUUAAAGUUCGUGACAAUGCUGAGGGAAAUUUAGAAGUGUAUGAAGAAAUAGAGGUAGAGGUUCCAAAUAAAGUGCCUGUAAAAGAAGGAAAGGCUGCUGAAAAAAGGUCAAAUGUGCCUAUAAAAGAUGCAUGUUCUCAAGUUAAAAAUGCAGCUAAUGAGAAAUUAAUAGUUAAUAGGUCUCAAAAAGUUGAUAGUUCUGUCUCAAAGUCUACAAGUAAUAUAAACACAGAUGUGCAAUCUGAAUUGAAAUCUGAAGUGAACUUAAACGGCAAAAAAGUCAAGUUAAAUGAAUCUCGCAAAUCACCUUUGAUAAGUACAUUUACACCUAUGACAUACCACUCAACCCCAAAUAAAGAAGGUAUACCUUUGACAAAAACAAUGGUUGACCAACAACUUCACCCAAGCAGACAGUCUGAUAACAUAAAAAAAACUAUUGAAGUUCAUACAGAUUCUUGUAAAAGAGAAAGCCCUAUUAAAGAGAAAGACUGUGAAACUAUUAAACUGAAAGAGCUUCUUGUUUCUGAUUUGGAUAAAACAGAAUUACAAUUAGAAAUAUUGAAUUCUUCAAAUGUCGCAACAGAAGCUAAGGAUGCAGGUAAAACAGACAACAUUGAAAAUACUAAAAUUCUUGAGAUAGAAAAUAUCAUGGAUGUAAAUGAAAAGCUUUUACCGGUUACUAAAAUCUCGAUAGCAAAACCUGAUGAUGAACAUAAAAAUGUUUUAGAAGAUGUGGAAAGUAAUUCUAAAGACAAAAUAUUAAACAUAAAUAGAUCUGGAGAAGAAAACAACAUCAAUAGCAAUGAAGAACAGUGUAAGAGUAUCAACAAUCAUACAAUGAAAGUAGACAAGAAAGUCACGUCGAUUGCUGAUUUUAAAAGUAAAUCAAACGAAAUAACAAAACCUGAAAUAGAAUCACAACCAAGUUCAACUGAAGGGGUAAAAUCACCUUUAUUAGAUGACAUCAAACUAAAACUUGAAACGACGAAAUCUACCCUUGAACCUAUCAAGUCUUUAUUAAAACAGGAAGAACUUAAAGAAGAAAUAAUAAAAGAAGAUAAAUUAGUUGUUGCAAAGUCUGUUGAUAAUAUUGAGAAAAUGCAGAUGCUUUCUAACACAGUUCAAAAAACAGAUAAAUUUGAAAGUGAUAAAAUAUUAGAGGUUUCGUCAAUAGAAUCUGACAAAAAUAUGGAUAUUGAAAGUAGCAGUAAAAUAUUACUUAAAGCAAAUGAAACAUUGCAAUUAUCUGAAAAUUCUAUACAAAAGAAUAUAGUGCCUCCUAAAAAGGAAACUAAAAGUCAUAACUCGUCUGAUUGUAAUGAACCUAAUGCUGAUCGGAUAUCGAAUACAGAAGUUUUAACUAGCAAAAUAUUAGUCAUACCAAAUGAUUCACAUACCAAUAAAUCUACAAAUAAUAAAGAUCCAAGUGAAAUGAAGCUUUCAACUAAAGACGUGAAACCUACUGAAAUAAUAUCUCAAACCUCUACAGGACAGAAAGCAGACCCACGAAAAGAUGAUUGCAAUAUAGAUGAUAGUGAUUUACAUGAUAUAUCUAAAAAGACGUAUGAUAUUGGUAAAGACAAUAAAUCGACUAAAAUCACCGCACAAGCAGCUAAUAAAAAUGAACUUAUAAAAGGAGUUAAAAAUGUGCCUGAAACUGAAAUAACAAUAGAAAAAUCUAAAGACAAAAAUGAUACCGAAUUAUCAAGGGUUAACUUCGGAGAAACUAUGAUAAAACCUCAAAGUAAUCUUGAAGUUGGAAAGGAAACUUCUACGUCUAGUAAUGAAAUCCCUCAAUCGCAAUUAAAAACUAAACUACCUAUAAACGUAACUAAAAAUAAACCAGCUGGAACAAGACCAAAUAAUUACUCUGCUGUACCGUUUGGUAAAUGGACUGAAGCAAAUCGACAGGAGUUCCUAAAUAAAAUUAAAGAAACAAAAAUACCAGGCAAUAUUUCUAAUACCAAACAGUUAAAACAACCGAAUGAUUUAAAUAGACGUGAUGUUCUAAAGAAAAUAGACACACAAAGGCAAGCUCAUUUACUUACAGCAAAAAAUCAAGAAUCUGCUGCUUAUGCCAAGGCCGGUGUCAGAGGGGAUUCAUCAGCAGCAUUUGUAAAUAAAUCUAUAUCAACAUUAAAAAGUACCGAUGAACAAAAAAAUAUUACUACUGAACCGGAACCUACUAAAAAUAAACCUCUAACGGGUACAAUAACAUUUGAAGAAACAUAUAUAGAGAAAAAUGAAUCCAUGAAUACUACAAACCCUAAUAAAACAACAACAAAGCGAAAAGAAAUUAACAACCAGGACUUAAUAGACAAGACAAUUGAAGGCAUUAUAAGUAGAGCUGUAUCAACGAAGCCUCACGAUGAAUGGAAGCAAACCAUUAAAAUGGAUGCAGCUGAAACUUUAAAACAUCAUAAUUCUAUUGAGUCACUAGAUGAUAUGGAAAGGAAAAUGAAUGAGUUACAUGGAAUACCUUUUGUAGAAAGACCAGUGCAUGAACUGCCACAAGUUCAAAGAGAAAAUAAAUGUGAAAAACCAAAAGAUUUUAGGAGCAACACGCCACACCUUUCGUUACAAAAUAACAAAGACAAUAUUUCUGAAAACAUUUCCGAUGAAGAAAUUAUAGCACACCAGCCAGUUACUGGCGAUAUGGCAGGCCAAAAUCCGAAAAUAUACCAAUCUUCGUAUGAUAAGUGUCCAACCGAUAAAACUAUUAUUAAUGAGGAUAGUAAAAAAGAUACCGUAAUCACAGAAAAAGAUUUUGACAAAUUUGCAAGAAGAAACUCAAUUACAUAUGAAAAUCGUCUUACCGUUGAGUUUGAUGGAAGAGAAUCUCAUAAUGUUAUACAGACUUUGGUAGAAAAGGAAGUGCCUUCUAAAAAGAUGAAUAGAAAUGAAAUGAUGUUAGCAGAAUCAAAAGCUAAAUCUACAAAUAAGCAUUUGAUGAUGCGCCACAAUAUAAAUUCUUCUAAAUCAGCAUUACUGGCUAAAGCUACUAACGAAGAAGAUUCAUACAAUAAAAAUUAUCAAUCUCAAUCAAAAGUGCAAUUAGCGUAUCAAUCAGCCUUAACAGCAAAACGACAAUUGGAAUGUCCAAUCACAAUUUUAGAAGAUAAGCCUGUUAAGGUUGUUUUUCUUGAAUCCGGUUCUGAUUUUGCAUCCACUACUUUAAAUGUCCAAGGCAAGGAACUGUCUCCAUCUAAAAAGAUAUCAUUAGAUUCUGACUCACAAAGUGCCUCAGAGUCGCUAGAUUCAGACGUUUUAGAUUCCCCUUAUGAAACAAAGUCACAAGAUGAGACAAGAUCUAAAAGCAAACAUCAAAGAAAACAAGUGUUAACACCAGUUGACAUUCCAGAACUUGAAUUAAUAGAACCAAGUGAUUUGGGUGUUAGCGAGUCGCCUAAGAAAAGAAGAAGGGUGGACGAAACGAAAGAGAAAUCUAAAGCGAUAGCCCCUAAAAAGUCUUAUUUGCUGAAUCGUGCCCCUGCAGACGAUAAAACAAUGGCAGAAAAUACUGAAAUUAUAUCAAACGAAGGUGUAUCUGAUUCAAAACCUUUUGUUGUUCGCUCUGAUGCCAUUUCUGCUAUAGACAAUUUAGUAAAAGCGGCGGAACUAAUUGAGACGCAAUCAGAGAAAAAAAUAAGUACCAUAAAUCUACCGGAGUCUGAUAUUGCGUCUAUAAAUACCCCAACUAAGAGAGGUAGGGGUCGUCCAAGAAAAUAUCCACUUUCUGAAUCAAGUCAACCAAUAAAUAAAACACCAACUCCGAAAAAACCUCGUCUUGUUGAUCCAAAAUUAUCAAAGAAGGUAAUUGAAUCUGAUGAUAGUGAUGAUAGUAACGAGGAGUUUAUCAAGGAAAACUGGACGAUGGGGAAAAUAAACGAAAAUAUAGUUUGCCCCAUUUGCAACAAACUAUUUAGGUCCGAAAAUGUGGUAUUUAAACAUGUGAAACAUUGUACAGGACCGUCACCUAACAGGUCUGAGUCAAGUCGGAGCUUUCGAAAGUUUAGUCAGUCGGAAGGAAAAUCGGACGAUAGUGAUUCAAAUAUUUCAGACAGUGAAGACGAUAAACCUAUUAAACCAAAAGCUACAAAAUCAGUACUUUCAAAGAAAGAAGAUGUAAUUGUAAUUGAAGACACACCACAAAAAAAGAUAUCAGAGGAAGUGAAGCUUAGGGAGACUAACAAACCUAUUAAGGUACUGCCAAAAAGUGAUAAUCUCGUUUGUGAUUUUUGUGGUAAGACUUUCAGGCAAUUGUCAUAUUUAGUUAACCACAAACAACUGCAUAAAAAAGAAGAAAAUAAGAUAGAAAAGAACGAUACCCAUGUAAAUAAGUCAAUCUUUAGUUGUGAGGUUUGUAAAAAAGAAUUUAGAAAAUUACACCAUUUGGUGCAACAUCGUAUAAUUCAUAAUCCAAGCACCAUGUCGUCUAGAUUAUCACGGAAGAAUUCUAAUGAAAAGAAUGAAGCUAAUUCUGUUACAGACUUAAAGAAAAUUAAACACGAUGAAGACCAAAGUGCUGGUUUCCGUUGUGAACCAUGUGAUAAAUCUUUUAGAAAAUUACACCAUCUUGUUGAGCAUAGAGAGACACAUGAUGGAAUAAAUAAAAGAGUAUCAAGUAAUAACGACCCUCCUUCAAAUGAGACCAUUAAAACCUCUUCUAACUACGUAUGUACUUUCUGUAAUAAAAGUUUUAAGAAACUUCAACAGUUAACCGAACACAAAGAGCAACAUUGUGAUUCGUGUUCUGAAAAAUCAGAUGAUGUAAAAAGUGUAAAAAGUUCGUUGUCAACAAAAGACAUAAUACAUGAAUGUUCUCUUUGCUACAUGGUAUUUCCAAAUGAACAUUCCCUUAAUAAACAUACUAUUAUAUGCCUAAGAAAGAAAAAACAAUCUGCCGCCAAGCAAUCUAAAUUAUUAGAACAAAAAGAAAAGAAUGGACAAGACAUUUUGGCCGAUGAAGAUAAGUUUCCUGAAAUUGAUGUUCAUAACCAAAGUUAUAAGGACUGUGAGGCUGAAACUAAUCGUAAAGAAGAUAAUCUAAAUAAACCAAUAGAAGAAACUGGAACGCCAAUAAUUGAAUUAUCUGAUGAGAAACAAAUUGAUGAAAUUAAAGAAGAUGUAGAAAAUAUCAAAACAGAUAAGGUUCAAGUUAUGUCUUAUAAGAUGGAAAAUGCGUCCCUAAAACGUAGUAUAAAAGAAGAAGAAAAGUCUGAGAAACCUAAUGAGAGCAAUGGUAAAAAGCAUAGUAAAAUUCGGAAAAUCGAAGUGAUAACGAUUCCAGACACUCCAACACCUAAGAAAAAAAAUAAUAAUAUUGAAACAAAAAAACCUAAACCGACCACUGAAGCUCCACCAGAAGUUAUAAAUGACAAAAUUUCGACAGAUGUUAGUGAUGACGAUGAUGUUCGCUACAUGCUUAAUCCUAACAUUAAAGAAGACGUUCUGGAAGAAAAAGUAUUUAUGAAAGUUAGAGCAAAGAAACGCAGUUCACUACAGUUUGAAAGACCCAAUUCAAAAGAUCUUGUAAAAAGAAGAAUAUCACUACAAAACCCACCUAAGGUGCAGCGCAGCAAAACUAAAUUAACAGAAAAUAAAGGUACUAAACCUAAGUCUGAUAAAACCUCAGAUAUUAAAGUUAAAACUGAGCAGACAGAUUCUGAUGAUAGUGAUGUCAAAUAUUCAUUUCCUCAGAAGAUUUUACAAAGUACAGGAAAAGAUAAAACAAAAACAAUAAAAAAAGAAGUAACAGUUUCAAAACGUGAAUCUAUUACUGGCAUAGCAAGAAGAAAAUCACUCGCUAAACACAAGAUACCAGUACUAUCUCAAAAAAUUAAAAAACGCACAACGGAAGUGGAGCAUCGUUGUGACUGCGGGCAGCUGUUCAGUAGUGCGGCGCUGCUGUCUCGCCACACCACGCUGGCGCACACGCCUCCCCGCGUGCGCCGCCCCCGAGACCCGCCUCCUCCGCCACCCGACAAGCCCCAGACCAAGGGUCCAGCGCAACCGCCCGCAGAAAAACGCAAAACCCUCGCUGAACAAUCGAAAGUGGGCGUGCAACAAAAAAAAAGUGCUGCGAGCUCGAACGUUCCGACGACGAAAACGAGAAAAUCUAUUGUAGAUAAUAAAAGUAGCGGUAAGGUAGUCAAGAGUGAAUCUAACUCGAAAACACUCCGAAGCGCCGCCCACAAGGGUGUCCCCGUGCCGGAUAAAAUGAAAAAGUUCAUGGAUAAGUAUAAGUGAGGGCAUCGCGUGAAGCUAUGUAAGUGCAAGUAGUCGGUUGUGGCCGGAACUGCGCAUCAUAAACGCUCACAAACAUGUAACGUACGGACCACUGUGUAAAACUUAUAUUUUUACAAUUUUGACGAAAAUGAUAGAGAUAUUUUUAUUGUGAGUUUGGGGUGUUGGUCUUGUCUGUAAUGUAAAAUAAUGAACUCAUCAAAUUAACUUAGAUUUCGUCAAUUUAUUAGAGAUUUAGAUGUAUAACUAUAUUGAAGGAGCAAUUAUUUAUAUAAUUUUAGUUUAACAUUUACUGUAUUCCAAGUGAGUUAUUAAUAAUCUUGAGCAAGAAAUCAUCAAUGGGAAACUUUGGAAUCUAAUUAUUAUUUGACAAGUCGAUAAAUUAAAAUAAGAGACUAGUUGGCAUAUUAUGUUAUCGUUUCAAAAAUAUUUCUAUCGGUUUUGUAGAAUUUUUGAAAUGAGUUUUAUAAUAAUAAUAUAAGAGGACUAAGAAAGUGACCAA